AUGGCAGACACAGAACAGGGAAAUCAAACCUCCCUCAUAGAGUUCAUCCUCCUGGGUUUUGGGACUGUUCCCAAACUUCAGAUUCUUCUCUUUAUGUUGUUCUUUGUGAUUUACAUUGUGACCAUGGCCGGGAACAUCCUCACUGUUGUGCUAGUUGUGGCUGAUCAGCACCUUCACACCCCCAUGUACUUCUUCCUGGGGAACUUGUCCUGCUUGGAGACCUGCUACACCUCCACCGUCCUGCCCAGGAUGCUGGCCAGUCUCCUGACUGGGGACAAAACCAUUUCUAUUGGUGGCUGCAUCACACAAUGUUACUUUGUUGGCUUCUUUGCAGCCACCGAGUGUUAUCUCCUGGCAGCGAUGUCUUAUGAUCGGUACCUAGCGAUAUGCAAACCACUGCAUUAUGCAACCCUUAUGAAUGGCAGUUUCUGCCUCCAGCUAGCAGCUGGGUCUUGGAUUAGUGGGUUACUGGCUAGUUCCGUAGUAACGGGUAUGAUGUUACAAUUACCUUUCUGCGGCCCCAAUGAAAUUGAUCAUUUCUUCUGUGAAUUUACACAAAUAAUAAAUCUCUACCGCAAUGACAUCUACCAGAUGGAGCUUGUAAUCAUCAUUGUGGCUGCUUUAUUCACCCUGCCCCCGUUUGCUUUAACUGGGACAUCCUACCUGUGUAUCAUCUCCACCAUCCUGCGAAUCCCUUCCACCACCGGGAGGCAAAAGGCCUUUUCUACCUGCUCCUCUCACCUCAUUGUGGUGACAAUUUUCUAUGGGACCCUGAUCAUUGUGUAUUUGCUACCAAACACCAACACACUCAGAGACCUCAACAAAGUGUUCUCUGUCUUCUACACAAUUCUGACUCCUAUGGCCAAUCCCUUCAUAUACAGCCUGAGAAACAAAGAGGUGAAAGAGGCCCUGAGAAAAAAAUGCCAGUAA